UGCAGACAGCAGCAGAGCUAGAGAGGCUGAGCAGGAGCUGAGAGCACACCCGGAGGAGGAGAGCUGCAGGAGGAGGCGAGCUGAAGCGGACCAUCAGCCGCCAGAUGAGCCUUCCCUGACAGCUGCAGACCCGGCUCCAUGCUGGGCACCCGCAGCUCCAGGCGCACGGCUCCACGCGCGACCGCUCCUCGAUAGACUCUAUUUUUAUAUACAUUUGGGUUUAUUUGCCCUACAUUUUUGUUUUAUUGUUUUUUUUAUAUAUAGCUAUAUAAAAAAAAACAUUUCCAUCAUGGUGCUGGGCAAAGUGAAGGCCCUGGCGGUCUACUUUGACUGCCUGAACGAGAACAACCUGCCCGUGUUCUCAGGGGGAGACCUGGUCUCCGGGCGGGUGGUGGUGGAGGUGGCCGGGGAUGUGCGGGUGAGGAGGCUGGACAUCACCGCCCGGGGGCUCGCCAAAGUCCGCUGGACGGAGUCGAGAAACGCCGGAGCCAACACGGCGUACACGCAGAACUACACGGAGGAGGUGGAAUACCUGCAUCACUGCGACACCCUGAUCGGAGAGGAGAGAGACGAAGACGCUCUGGAGGAGGGCCUGACUGUUCUGCACGCCGGCCUGCACGAGUUCGCUUUCAGCUUCAACCUGCCUCAGAUGGCUCUGGCCACUUCGUUUGAAGGGAAGCAUGGCAGUGUGAGGUACUGGGUGAAAGCUGAGCUGCACCGGCCCUGGCUGCUGCCCGUCAAAGUCAAGAAGGAGUUCAUUGUGUUCGAGCACAUUGACAUCAACACGCCCCUUCUGCUGGCCCCGCAGGCUGGAACAAAGGAGAAGACUCUGUGCUGCUGGUUCUGCGCCUCGGGUCCAAUUUCCCUCAGUGCCAAAAUCGAGCGAAAGGGCUACACACCAGGCGAGUCCAUCCAGAUCUUUGCCGAGGUGGAGAACUGCUCGUCCCGCGUGGUGGUGCCCAAGGCGGCGCUGUACCAGACGCAGACCUUCUUUGCCAAGGGCAAGGGCAGGCAGAUCCAGCAGCUGGUGUCCAACCUGCGCGGAGAUGCUCUCCAGCAAGGCAAGAGCCAAAGCUGGGAGGGCAAGCUGCUCAAGAUCCCCCCGGUGUCCCCCUCCAUACUGGACUGUCCCAUUAUCAGAGUGGAGUACGCCCUCGUGGUGUACGUAGACAUUCCCGGAGGGUUGAACCUAUCGCUGUCUUUGCCGCUGGUCAUCGGCACCAUACCGCUCCAUGCCUGCGCCAGCCGCACCUCCAGCAUCAGCAGCAACUGCAGCUCCGUCACCUGGAUGGGUCUGCCGGAGAGACCUGAGGCUCCGCCGAACUACAGCGAUCUGGCAAUAUCAGAGGCUCACAGGCGGAACUGCCUGCAGGGCUGUGAUAGGUCUGACGGGGUGGGAGAGGACCAAGGAUCUGUGCUGACAUACAUCACAGAGUUCAGAUAUCUCCCCCCGCCACUCUACUCUGAGGUGGACCCUUACCCUGACACAGUGGAGGUCUGUGGUACUGCGGAUGUCAGGAGACCCGAUAUGUGUCCGUCCCGCUGAAGGGAUCCUGGAAAGCGUCUCCACGAAGCAGACAGCAUCCUCCUCAGCCAGAAGUCCCGCCUGACUUCUCCACAGCAUGUGUCACUACAGACGUGGCUGAACCUGUGGACAGCCAACCCAUGGAGUACACGGUGACCCAUAGACGAGAUGGACCAGGGUUACGUCGGAUAAACCAUUUCCUGUCCUGAAGACAGGGACAAAAAGGGACGUCCUCUGACGGCGCUGUGAAAAACUGCCCCCCCCCUCCCCUCCGCUGCUCAGAAGACGUCUCCUCCUGCCUCAUGGGGAAGUUUGCACAUGCCAUUCCAACCGUUCCCCUCCCAGAACGCCGCAGCUCGACACGCUUUAGCAGAUCUAAACUCUGUAGUACUCUAAAUGGCACAUAACGACAAAAGCUAUCUCCGCUGAAACGAUAGCUGAGCUCCUGACUCAGGCCUCAAGGUGGAAUCUGUCUCUUGUUGGGGAACCAAGGUGAAAUUCUCUUCCAUUCUGCGACACAAACCACAAAGAGACGACGACCACAGAAGCGUGUCGCAUCAACGACCAAGGGCUUCAAGCUCAAGUUAAGUGUGAAUGUGUGUGUGAGUGUGUGUGAGUGAGUGUGUGUGUGUGUAUGUGUGUGUGUGAAGGCUACAGGGUGUGUGUCUACCUAAACAUUGAGACAAAGCACAACUCGGACCAACCCAGACAGUACCACGAGUUGCCUGUUGGUUUCUGCUCUGAGAUGAAGCCUGUGUAGCUGCAGAUUCUUCCACAACACAGACGGACGUUAGAAAGCUUCGGCCUCGCAAAAAAAAUAAAUAAAGAAAAAAAUAUCAAGAAAAACAAAA